CUCAAACUCACAUCUGUGAGAGUAACCUGAGAGAUGUUUUCAAGCUGAUGGUUUGUUUUCCGUUUAAAAACCUUGAUUUCAAGUAAAUAUUUUUGAUUUUUUUAAAUUAAUUAUCGUGUAAUUAGUCUACAUUCAUCUAUAUUCUUGUAAUUAAAUCAUAAAUGAAGUGAUUGUGUUAUCGUUUUGGCUAUAAGAACCAUCUGAUUUACUCCUUGCUAUCUAGAUGCCGUCAACACUUUCUGGUGGUGCAAAAUGUCAAAAACUGAAUACAUUAUUAGUCUUAAUUUUCCUUUGAUUGACGAAGAUGUCUCUAGCUAUAUAUUUAAUGUCCUGAAAGCGGGUAAACAUGAGUUCCAGGAUCGAGAAGAUAUAUUUGAAUGCCUUGGAGAGGUUUUAAUGGAUGUUACAAAUGGUGUCAAGAAGGAAGAUGAUACAUGAUGUAUUAAAGAUAUCUGUGACCAAUUGCUUCAAUCUUUACACAUAGGAGAAGAAAAGACUAAAAAGACAUCAAAUGGUGCUGGCCCUGAUGGUCAUCGUGCUCUUUCCAAUCCUUUUAGGUGAAAUGCUUUCCAAUAUGACUGGUAAUCUCGAGGAAUAUAAAAGCAUUUGGUGUCCUCAAAGAGAGUUACCUUCUCAAGUUGACCAAAAAAUGGAAAAGGCUGAGGCUAAAAUAAAGACUAAACAUGAUAGAAGAGAUGCUGCAGAAGGAACUAUUGUACUAUUGAAUACUUCAAACAAUAAAGAAGCAUCUGCUAAUCAAAUGAUAAAUAGGAGAGAUAUCAAAAUUGAUGAAACUGGUCGGUGUAAGGAUAUCAGAAUUGAAAAUUUUGAUAUUUCUUUCGGCAAUAAACUACUUUUGUCUGAAGCUGAUUUAAUUCUUAGUUAUGGACGACGAUAUGGUUUAGUUGGUCGCAAUGGUAUCGGCAAAUCUACAUUACUUAAAAUGAUUUCAAAUGGUUCCUUAAUCACUCCAAAACACAUAAGUGUCUUACAUGUUGAACAAGAGGUUGUUGGAAAUGAAACUACGGCUCUUGACGCUGUUUUAGAAUGUGAUUUAGCUCGUGCUUCAUUAUUGGCAGAAGAAAAACGUUUGCUUGCCAUUAAAGAUGGCAGUGAGGAUGUCAAUGCUAAAUUGGAAAAAGUUUAUGCUGAUUUGAAUGCCACUGAAGCUGAUAAAUCACCAGCUAGAGCGGCUUCCAUUUUAACCGGUCUUGGUUUUACUGAAGCCAUGCAACGAAAGAAAGAAAGAGAAUACGAAUCUCAAAUGGAUUUCCGCAAACAUACUCAAGAAUUUAUUGACAAGUUCCGAUACAAUGCUAAAAGAGCAAGUUUAGUUCAAAGUAAAAUCAAGAUGUUGGAAAAAUUACCCGUUCUUAAACCGCUUGAAAAGGAAGAGAAACUCGUCCUCAAAUUUCCAGAAUGCGAACCUCUUUCCGGAGCACCAAUCCUUCAAUUGGAUGAAGUCAGUUUUGGAUGGGGCGAUGGUGAAGACGUUCUUCAUAAGAUUUCACUCAAUCUUCAAUCUCGUAUCUGUAUUGUGGGUGACAAUGGCUCUGGUAAAACAACUCUGCUUAAACUAUUGAUUGGCGAUAUUUCUCCAAGAUCAGGAGAACGUAAAGCGCACAGAAAUCUGAAAAUUGGUUAUUUCAGUCAACAUCAUAUUGACCAAUUAACCAUGGGGCAAUCUUCAAUUGAAUUUUGGCUUGCUUGCAAAUAUCCUGGAAAACCUAUUGAACAAUAUCGCAGUUAUUUGGGUAAAUUUGGAGUCUCUGGUGAUCUUGGACUACAACCCAUUGAAAGUUUAUCGGGAGGACAAAAAUCCCGCGUUGCUUUUGCUGUUAUGGCUUUAGCUAAUCCUCAGCUUAUAAUUCUUGACGAACCGACCAAUCAUUUGGAUGUGGAAACAGUUGAAGCUCUCGGAGAUGCAAUCAACAAAUACAACGGAGGAGUUAUGUUAGUUUCACACUACGAAACUCUUAUACAAAUGGUUUGCAAAGAGUUGUGGUUGGUCAAAAAUAAGAAAGUCCUCUCAUUCGAAUAUGGAUUCGAAGAGUAUCGACUUUUAAUUGAAAAAGAGUUAGAGGAUGUUAAAUAAUCAUGCAUGGAAACAACUAUGUGUAUAUUGAUUUAUUUAUUAUCACACGAUCCUAUUGAUAAAUUAAAAC